AUGGCGCUGGCGGCGGAGCGGGCCGGCUACAGGUUCGUGGUGCUGCUCUUCAACUGCCUCCUCACCUUCGGCUCCUACUUCUGCUUCGACAUCCCCAGCGUCCUGCAGGAGCAGUUCCAGGGGAACUUGACCUGCCCCAAUGGAACCCGUCAGAACAGCACCGGGCGUAAUAGCACGCUGGACUGCACUGAAGGCUUGGGAAUGACACCUGCACAGUACAAUUUGCUGUACGCGAUCUAUGCUUGGACAAAUGCAGUAGUGGUUAUUCUGGCUGGAUUCCUGAUUGAUAAACUAGGAAAUCGCUUUGGUGUCUUUGUUUUCUCUCUUCUGACUGUGCUGGGAUCAUCAAUCUUUGCUCUAGGCUCACAUUUCAAGGGGUCGCCAUACCUCCUACCAAUGAUGCUAACAGGAAGACUGCUCUUUGGCUCUGGGAAUGGGUCACUUACUAUUGUGCAGAAUCGUAUCACAGCCUUCUGGUUCAAGGGGAAGGAACUGGCACUGGCAUUUGGGAUAACUCUGUCUUUCUCCCGUCUUGGUACUGUCCUCAACUUCUUCUUCACCCAGCAGUUCGAGGCAAAAUUUGGAAUGCAGUGGACACUCUGGGGAGGUACCCUGCUCUGCGUGCUUGGUUUUGUUUCAGCCCUCACGGUCAGCGUACUAGAUAAAGUGGGCAUGAAGCAACUGGGCUUGGAUGGGCUUAUCCAGCAAGAAUCCAAAAAAGUGCGGAUUCAGGACAUCCGGCAACUUCCCCUUCGCUACUGGCUCCUGGUCCUCACCAUCAUGUUCUUCUACAAUGGAGUCUUCCCCUUCGUGGCAGACGCCAGCAAGUUUAUCCAGGAUAAAUAUUCUGGUUACAGUCAGCAGGCAGCCGCUUAUAUUGCUGGGGCAGUGUACGACAGCUCCUUUGUUCUCUCUGCAGCAGUUGGCAUAUUAAUUGACUACGUUGGACUGAGAGGCGUCUUUGCUGUUGGCUGCGCUGUGUUGACGCUGCCAGUCUUCGCUCUCCUGGCAUUUACGUUUGUUCCUCCAUUAGUCUCUACCAUCUGGUUGGGGAUUACUUACUCCUUUGCUGCUGCUAGUAUGUGGCCAUCCAUACCUCUUGUGGUCCCCCAGGCAACCUUAGGGACAGCGAUGGGGCUUGCAACUUCUGUGCAGAUGAUUGGAGUUGGCCUUUCGAAUCUGAUCGUUGGACACAUUCUAGGAACAAAGUCCAGCGAAUUAAAGAUCCCCCUGAGGCGCUGGCAACAGAUGAUGAUCUUGAUGUUGGCAAACACUAUUGCAUGCAUCAUUGCCUCUGUUAGUCUCAACGUGGUGGACAAGAAACAGGGUGGGACACUGAACAGAACAAGAAAGGGAGCAGCUGUGGAGCAGAAGGACCGAGACCCUGCAGAUGCAGCACCACUCCUUGAUGACGAAACAGGAAACGAAGGCUCUGUCAGCUGAACCUUUGCAGUGUGAGAAUGGUGACGGCUGCCAGACACAGCACUGAUCACUUCUGUUUGAAAGUGGGUUUUAAGCCUGUGCAUUUUAAACAUGUUUAAAGGGAAUCUUGAAGGGAAUUGUCUACAGAAAGGGAACAUUUCUGCUUUCUUACACCUGGCACACAAGUGGAAGGUGUCUGCUUUAUGGUUCUUAGGCGUUCUCCAACAAACGGAAACCUGCAUGGGGCACUUUAAGAACUACCCUACAGUAAGUGAAACAAACCCAGCUGAAGCUUCUUCAUAAACCACU